UCUACGAGAGUGGACUUAACGUUAAAUUUUUGCUCUAUUAUUCCCGAACGUGAACCGCUACAUGCCCCAACUUUACGAUCGAAUGAUCGCACCCGUUCGAAACGAGGACUAACCCAUAUUCACAUAUCCCGUAUCCCUCAUUAACUUUUUGGACUUGAUACCGACAAUGUUUAAAUUCCAGUUACUUGAAAUUUCAAAAUGAACGAGCUACGCUCACGUAUAUUUUAUUUAAUGACUUGAAAAUGUGAUAUGUUUUUCAAUUUAUUUUUGAAACAUUUCGUUUAGUUAUAUCUCCAUUGAGACUAUGUGAAGAUUAUUGCGAGUAAGUUGUUUGCGUGUUAAGAAUGUGACGUUACAGAAAAAUGGCGUGGAGACAGUGACUUUCAGUGACGGUUUUUGUGGUGAUAUUCUGCGACAGAGACGCAAUGUUAUUUGGAGAAUAGUGUUCGUGGAAACGCAAUGAUGUCGUUGCCAAUAAAGCGCUCAUUAAGCUCGGAGGGAGGCGCUUCCAGGCGUGACUGGAAGAUGAGACUCAGCCUACGCAGCCGUAGCGGUCGCAGCGUGGAUGCGCUACGCGGCAGGCGCUGUGCGUCGCUGCGUUCAGCCAUCAUCCCUGUACGCACAGAUGAGUCGGGUCGAAGCACCCCUUCGGUCACGCACCGCGCCUCCCCGUCACCGGCCGACACCCCGGCACCAAAGAAAUCCAACUGGGAAGUGAUUGAGCACUUCUCAUCUAAUCGGUCCAAAAAGAGCGAUUCAGCUGUGGAAGCAGAGGGUACCACUGUGCCACCACUCCCCCAACUCCCACUCUGCCCCGCUGGCAAGCCCGAUGUUGACGGACUUCCAUUACUCGGAGAUGAUUCAAGACCUGAACACGGAGGAGGAAAAGGUCCCCACGAUGAAGAAGAACAAGUGGAAGACGAAUGUUGUCAAAAAUGCAUCGAGCCCUGUCCUGGACCAAUGCGCGCCGUGUGCGCCACACAUCGAUUUGAAAAUUUACAUGUGGAAAUGCUGUACCAAAGGUAUUUUCUGCGUAUGAACCAAACUAACAUGACACAUCUACUUGGUCUGUUGCUGGGUCUUGCGAUUAUGCUGACCUUUGUGCAAGUGAGGACGCUACUCAUCGCGGAGGACUUCCUCGCCACCAUCAUGCCCUCACACGAACUAUCAUUCCUGGACAAAGACACGUUCAAUUUUCUGAACCUAGGGACUAAUUCUCAAACUUCAACGACAAUGACCGACACAGGACUCACGGAUUACAACUCUACGAUUAUACAACGGACUUACUACCAAAAGGACAGACUGUCCCACAUUAUCAACAUCAUAACCCUCGGAAUCACAGCAGCUGUUUAUACGUGUUUGCUGGCAUGCCUGAGCCGGCCAGCGAUAAACGAGAUUUAUCUUUUGACUAUUUCCUACGUCGUGCUUGUCACGUUCUUGCUGAUCGAAAUCGCGUUUGCCGGAACAGCAGUAUUAAGGUCACUGGACAUGAGCGCUGGUUCAUGUGCCCUUUUCACCUACUUGACAUAUGCAACCCUACCAGUUAGACUACACGAAGCGACGGUGGGCGGGCUUGCUCUUGCUGCCGUCAAUAUUGGUGCUCAACUAAUGAUGAAAGAGGCGACAGACUCACAGAUUUUCUGCAGUCUAGCAACACUGAUUGCUUGUAACAUCGCCGGAAUCAUGACCCACCACCCGCGGGAGCUGGCACAACGGCAAGCGUUUCUAGAAACCAGAGAUUGCGUAGAAGCUCGCUUGGUCACACAGAGAGAAAACCAACAACAGGAACGCCUUCUUUUGUCUGUGCUGCCUCGUCAUGUUGCUAUGGAGAUGAAAGCGGACAUUGCCAAUCAGCCAAGACAGGAGCAAUUUCACAAGAUCUAUAUUCAAAGAUACGAGAACGUAAGUAUCCUGUUCGCCGAUAUUUGUGGAUUCACCUCACUGUCAGACCAGUGCACAGCCGAAGAAUUGGUGCGUCUCCUAAACGAACUCUUUGCUCGGUUUGACAGGUUGGCAGCAGAACACCAUUGCCUCCGCAUCAAAUUACUCGGUGACUGUUACUACUGCGUGUCGGGGCUGCCCGAGGCGCGUGAUGAUCAUGCCAAGUGUUGUGUUGAGAUGGGCUUGGAUAUGAUUGACGCGAUCGCCUUGGUACGUGAGGUGAUGGCAGUGAACGUGAACAUGCGCGUCGGCAUCCACACUGGCCGCGUCCAUUGCGUGGUACUUGGCUUGCGGAAGUGGCAGUUCGAUGUGUGGUCCAAUGACGUCACACUUGCCAACUGCAUGGAAAGCGGUGGCGUUGCUGGACGCGUACACAUCACAAAAGAAACUCUACAAUGUCUCGGCAAUGACUACAAAGUAGAGCCCGGCUAUGGAGGACUACGCAAUUCUUACCUCAAGGAUCACAAUAUUGAAACUUACCUCAUUGUACCCGAUGACACAAGCCGUGUGGACAAGAAGCCUCAGCACUCAUUCUCAUUGAAUGGCAAUAUUUCAAAGGAGAUGCGCGUAAUGGGACAUGGCUCGCAGCAUGGCAAGCACUCUUCAAAGAUCGGAAUGGAUACCGGCAAUGAGAGCAAGAAACCUGAAGACGAGGUGAACGAGUAUCUAAUGAAAGCGAUUGAUGCUCGCUCGAUUGACCGUCUCCGCACUGAACACUGCCGGCCCUUCACGCUUACUUUCCGUGACAAGAAGAUGGAACGCAAGUAUAUUGCGGAGAGAGAUAGGAUGCUGAAGACUUAUUUUAUCUGCUCUCUGCUCCUGUUCCUUGCUGUCUCAUUGAUACAGCUUUUCGUCUUUAAGUUGACGGCAAGCGUCAUCGCCACGGUCAUCCUUUCAGGAAUCGUGAUCUGCAGCAUCACGUAUUUGGUACUCAGCAUCGACUUCAAGCGAGCAUCACUGCGGGUAAAACGACUAGCGGCGACUGUGCACAAUAACCGCACUUUGGCACAACUAAUUUCAUUCCUGAUGGUCGCCACCCUGGUACUUCAGAUCGAGAUCGUUAUGGGAAUCUACAUGAUCACUGGCAAGAAAGAGACUCCAAACUCAAAAGAUGGCACCACAUACUGCCUGGACGAUAUCAACGAGCACUACCUACAACUGACGCUAUUGGUGAUGAUCCUAUGCGCGGUUCAUCAGAUUCUGAUCACGAUUGUGAAGACGGUACUCCUGUUCUUAAUCAGUGCGACGUAUAUUGCGGUUACAAUUCAGAAGAACCUCUAUUACAACGACCACUUCUCUAAAUAUCAACAUAGGUGCGGAGUGGACUGGAAUCAGCAAUGGACGAACAUUGUAGUAGCUUUCGGUGCAUUGGUUGCUCUAAUGCUGCAUUCCCAGCAAACCGAGAGCACUUACCGGCUCGACUUCAUUUGGAAGCUACAGGCUAACGAUGAAAAGGAGGAGAUGGAGCACUUGGAAGCCUAUAAUAGGAAACUGCUCGCCAACAUCUUGCCGGAACAUGUCGCUCAACACUUUUUGAACAGCGACAAGAACAUCGAUGAGCUCUACCAUGAGCAAUGCGAGUCUGUAUGCGUAAUGUUCGCGUCCAUCCCCAACUUCUCCGAGUUCUACGUGGAGUUGGAAGGGAACAACGAAGGCGUGGAAUGCCUCCGACUGCUAAACGAGAUUAUUGCCGAUUUUGACGAGAUCCUUGCCGAGGACCAGUUUAGGUACAUUGAGAAGAUCAAGAGUACGGGGGCCACGUAUAUGGCUGCAUCGGGCCUGACAGCGGCCACCAGGGACCUACGCGGCUUCCGCCAUGUUACCGCAAUGGCCGAUUAUGCUCUUCGUCUGCGUGAACAGCUGCAGUAUGUCAAUGAACAUUCAUUCAAUAGCUUCCGUAUCAGGAUAGGCAUUAACAUUGGACCAGUUGUUGCUGGCGUCAUUGGUGCGCGCAAACCUCAGUAUGACAUCUGGGGAAAUGCCGUCAAUGUCGCCUCACGAAUGGACUCUACUGGAUUACUGGAUCAUAUCCAGGUGACUCAAGAAGUAUAUGACAUUCUUUCGACCCGUGGUUACAAACUUCGCUGCCGUGGUACCAUUGAUGUGAAGGGGAAAGGUAACAUGGUUACCUUCUUCCUCGAUGGCAUCGGCGAGACCCCACAACCCGGAUUGAGAGAUAUCUACGCUAACCCAACUCCGUCGACAUCCGGUGCAGGAAGUGACGUUCGCACUGGCGACUACCACGACGACCGACGAUCUGACCACCGUCCUCUUGAGACUCUUUCAGAGGGACACACUGACGAGGACGGCGGAAUUUCACCGCGAGCUUCGAUUCCAAAGGAGAGCCAAAACGGCUCAAUUAGCCCGCAAAUAGCCGAGAGCUCAACAUCUCGGGAAAGCCUUGCGAGUGCAGUUCGAGCGCGAGUCCUACGCCGCCUCGAGCGACCCGUGUCCCUGUCUGACUCACCACCUCUCUCUGCCUUCAUCAACACCAUGUGCUCCAAGGCAUAUUCGACCAACUAUAUCACUUAUAGUAAUGAGAUCGUGCAGAAGAACCUCUCCUCGAAUGAUGUGAAACCAGUAGUAGAGUCAAGAAGCAGUGGUGACAUCGAGACGUUAUUACAGGACGGAGGCCCGCGGCGAGCAGCGAGCCUCGCAGACUUCCUCUUCAAGAGGAAGAAAACGAGACUUAAUACCACGUCCGUAAACAUUAUUGAAAAUCCAAUGAAUGCGUUGUAAACGUACUGAAUAUUUUCUGAAUACGAAUGAUAUUUUGGGACUUUAUAAAUACUUUUCACCCCAACCAAAUCUAUGUGCUAUGCACUAAGUAUAUGGAUUAUGUCAUAGUAUGUGCCCGGUUUUGUAAUUUUUAUAGAAUUUGUUGAUUAAUAUAUUAAAGACCUGUUUCACAAUCUCUUGAUAAACUUUAUCAAACGGAUAAAUUUGAAAUUUUGACAAAAACUGUCAUAACGUCAUAUUUAUUCGUUAGAUUAAGUUUAUCUGGAGAUCGUGAAACAGGUGAAUAAUAUAAAAUGAGAAAUUGACUGACUGACAUAAUAUCAACGUAUCUACCGAUGAGUCUAGAACUUGAGACUUUGCAUGGGAAUGCUCUCUACAACGUAGACUCCCUUUAAAAAAGGAUUUUCAGAAAUGCCACCCAAGAUUAAUGGGUCAGCUCUCAGAUACUAAGGAAUUAGAAGUCGCAAAAAUGUUAGGAUUACUAAAAGCAGGUACGUCCAAAUUUGAUGAGUGUUUGUUGUGCCGUUACGAUGCUACAUCUACAUUUAUUAGAUAGGUCAGAAUAUCGUAAUAUGGGAUACUCUUCAUAAGAUGUCCAUCCCGGAUACGAAUUGGACUUGACAACCGAUUUGAAAACUUUCCGUCAAGACUGAUUUUAAAAUUACUUUUUAAGGUUAUAUUGAUUACAUUAAAUGUUGGUCAUUGAGUGAAUUUUAAAACAUCUACAAGUGCGACUCAAACUCACUCACCGUGGAUUCCGUACUUAUAAAUAUAUUAUUAUAAAUAACUGUUUGGUUAGAACACAUCAUUUUUAUUUGAGACCGCAAAACUAAGUUGUUUGUACCUAAAGGAUUAUUACUGAUUUUCGAAAACUGUGUUUUAAGGUUGGGCAAGCAUUAUUUUAAAACUUUUCCUCAAGUUGAUAGCCUUAUGUCAAGUUUUAUUUUUAUUUUUUAUUGCUUAAUUUAUUCUUAAAAUUAAUAUAUAUCUUAAUACAACAAUCAUACAAUGACCAUUCCGGUGUAUCAUAAACCUGGUCAGGUUUAUCCGUACACUGGGUUAUAUAAAUGAGAAGGUGUGACAAACGGACAAAGCUUGUCACGUAAAACGAUUUCACCAUUACGAAACCCAAUAAGGUGGUUGGCCUACAAAUGGUAUAAGGUCGAUUCGAUUUGAUUGACUGAUGAAAAGUUCAAGUUUUCAAAAAAAGGCUCUUAGGCAGCAUCUACACGGACGAAAUAAUCGCAACGAUAUACACGCCGUGUGACAAACAUACGACAAACCUAAGUCAAUUCGAUACAAACUAUCGACGCUAUAGUAAUUCCCAGUGGAGAUUAGCCCAUAUAGUUUGUAUGAAUUUUUGCCACACGGCAAGCCUAUCGUCGCGAUUCUCUAGUCUGUGUAGAUGCUGCCUAAGGGCCUUUGCACACCAUAUGAAGUCAACUCUUUAACCCAUGCUUACCAACACCAUCUCAACUUUCGAUUAAGGCUUCAACGAAUCGUUAGCUCAUCGGCAUUUACUUUAAUUUUUAAGACUGUACGUGAUACGAUAUUGUAAAAUUCACAUUUCAUUGCUUUACAUUGGGUCGUGAUGGUGUUGAGUUGUUAAGGCGUGUGACGACUCUGAUGAAGCAAUUUUUUUAUAGAUGAAUUUCAAUACUAGGUAAUAAUAGUUUGAUAAAUGAGAAAAGUAUUUAAAUACAAGUUGUAUCUAGGUACUUAAACUUUUGUAAGGUAUAACUACCCAGGUCCUUACCUAGAUAGUGCCCACUCGUAUACUUUGCGUAACAAACCUACGAAUUUAUUGAUAUUUAAAAUUUGGACACGCGGAUUGUGUUUAGCAUGGUUGUGAUUAUAAUGCAUUCGAUGCGGGAACAUGAUUUUUGAGUAGAGAUAGAUGCCGCGUGCAAUGUCAAUUGAUGUAGAUUGUAGGUACUUAUUACCACUUGUUGCUAAAGAUUUAGACCACUUUUUAAAAAUCGAAAAUUAUCGCUGCUUGUAGAUAAAUAGAUAGGCCUAGGUAUUGUUAAGCAAAAUUUUCUGGGCAAACUGUCGUUUUUUCCUAUAUUUUUAUUUUUAGAAUUUUAACAUAGAAGUCUAGAUACGUAUUUGUUGUGAAGUUAAUAAGUAAUUUUGGAAUUUAACAAUUGAAGAUCCACUAAAGAUUAGCUAAUCUCUCCAAGUUAAACAGUUAACAGUUAAACAAUAAACAAUUGUAAACAGCGUACCUACUAUGCAAUGUAUUGUACAGUAGGUAAACAAAAUAUCCAUCUAAAUGUUAAUUAAUAAUUUUUAUUUUAUUUAUAAAUCUUUCAGAAAUCUCUUACAUAAUUCCACCUGAAUUUUGGUACGAGUAGGUAUAAAUACUUAAGUCUUUCCAUUGGGCAUACGACAUAGGCUUCUAUGAUAAAAUUUAAAUUUAAAUGAUAGUACUUAGUAAUAAAAUAUGAAACGAAUAUAAAUUCGUUAAAAUUCCCAAAGACAUGGCUUAUAGUAAUUAUGUUAUUUAAUAUCAAUUAAUGUACUUAAAUAGUUAACUAUUUAAUUUAAAAGCAACCAGAUCUUUUCACGCUAAAAUUGAAAUAUUUAUUCGAUAAGAUGUGAGCUUAUUUGAAUAAGUAGAGUAGCAGCUUUUUGAAUGUAAAGUAUUAUUAAGAAAAUCGUUAAAAAAAUAACCAAAACAUUGGUUUUUCAAGCGCUCUUUGUCGAAGACCGAUUUAUGCCUAUCACUUGUGACUUCUUAUACCCAUCUUAUCGAUUUUAGACGGUGAAAACUGGUAUCCGAUUUUACGCCGGUUUUUGGAGCGACUAAUAUCAUUUUCCUUUAUCAUUUUGUAACCGUAUAAUUUUAAAAACGGGUGCCAUUUGUAUCGCUGAAUUUUAAUUCAUUGUUGUUUUUAUGAUAGGUAUUUACGUACCUACUAUUUAACAUUAAGUACCUAUUAGUAUAUAUAUAUAAAUUAUUAUAAUUUUCAAGCAUUACUUUUACCAAACUCAAGCUCAACCAAAGGAACAAUCUCAACAUUAGUUAAGAUAGGUUUGGCUAUACUUUAUAAUUAAAAUAUUAUUAUUAGCGCGUAAUUUAGAAAAUAUUUUUAAGUAAGUAUAUGUUAGGAUAUCGUUAUUAAAUAUUAAGAUCCUUUAUAUAUUACUUAUUAUUAUUAAUUUUUACCUACUUGUAAAACAAGUACUUAACAUACCUAAAUACUAUAUUAGUUACAUUUACAAUUCCUGACGUCUAUAUUAAAUCCGGCCGAAAAUUAAAAGUGUAAAUUGAGAGUCUUUCUUUAUAAAACAUAAAUAAUAAUAGUAUUGCUAACCAUUAUUACAGGAUUGAAGAAAAAUAAAUUAAUAGUCGCACCUAUCGUACCUAGUAAUAUUAAUAUUAUGAUCAAUUAUUUUUAUAGAAAGAUACAAUAGAUUCAUAUAUUAUAGAGAUCUGGCAAAACGAAACUGACAUUGCACACUAAGUAUAUAAUUUUCCAGAGAAACGAACCAACGAAACGGGUAGGGGUAUUCGAACUUAAAUUUUUGGCACAUUGGAGCAUAGUUAAAAUAUUUCUGAUACAGGUAUUUAUAUUUUGGUUCUGCACAGUCUCGCCUUUUUUUUUAUGUCUUUGGAAAACGAAACUUCCUUAGUAGAGAGAAAACGAGCUUAUAAUAAUUGUGUACUUUAACCCGAGUGCGGCAAGGCAAAAAGGAAGGGUUUUGAUUUUAGCAGUCUAUGUAUGUAUGUGUGUAUGUUUGUAUCCAGAUUCUGUGUGUUCAACCGUAGCGCCUAAACUACUGGGCCGAUUUCAGCGUUUAUUAAGACGAUCGCAGUCGGGUUUUAGUUUUCAACUUUAUUGGUAUUAGAGAGAGCAUGGUGCAUAGAAAUUAUGUUUCAUCAGAGAAAUAUUAAAACAUCAAUUGCUAUUUUAUACCUUCCUAAUAUUUGAUAUUUUGGUUAUUAUCAUUAACUCAAAGUAAUCGUUAGUCUCAUACAAAUUUCUGUCGGAAAAGUCAAUAAUAUGAAAUUAGUUAUGAGGUAUUUUGGCGGGUCAAAACUUAGACAGACAAUUAGUUUGAAUAUCUAUCUGUAUGGUGCACAGAAAAUCAUUUUCAAAUCUAAAUGAAUUAUUGUUUUGUGAAAUUUCGAAAUGAAACAUUUUAAUCUUGGCAUCAAGAGAGCUUAUAUGUUGCAAACUCAUGUUCGAAUGUGACCUACUUAGUAUUUACCUAAUAGAAUAAUAAUAUUAUAUACCUACCUAUUUAAUGUUAUUGUAAUAAUUUCAUGAAUGACGUGUAAAUUAUUUUAGGUACUUAAUAAAUAAUGAUAACUUCUUAUUCGAAGAUU